UUCCUCCCCCGCCUCUCUUUCUCUCUCUCCGGCGAGGUUCGGAAUUGGAACAUGGCUCCCAAGUCCUCCCGUCGAACGGGUUCGCAUAAGACGCAUUCCUUGGCCCGCCAGUGGAAAACGAAGCGGCGGCGGCGAGAUCUGGAUCAGAUCCACCACGACAUGUUGCCUGAGAACGCGACGAAGUUGCUGCGCCAAGAGCUGGAUCCCGACCUGCCUGGCAAUGCCCAGCACUACUGCCUGCAUUGCGCGCGAUACUUCAUUGACUUAAAAAGUAUGAAGGAUCAUUUCAGAUCAAAAGUUCACAAAAAGAGACUGAAACAGCUAAGUGAGGAGCCCUACACCCAAGAGGAAGCUGAGAGGGCUGCCGGAAUGGGAUCUUACAUUCCUCCCAAGAAAAUUGAAGUCCACACACAACCUCUUGAUGAGAUGGAUGAAUCCAGCUAAGGCACAAGGACUAUUUUUUCCCCAUCUGAAAAAUCUGGAGAUAACUAAGAUAGUGAAAGCAUUGGUAUAAUUAGAUGGUUUGGUGUAUGCUAUUUUCAAAGUUGUACUAUUUAUUGCAGUAUGUUGCAGUAUUUAUACUGAAAUGUACCGUAUUUUUCAGAGUAUAAGACGCACCUUUUCCCCCCCAAAAAGAGGGUGAAAAUC